UUUGCGAGUCUCGCUAGCCACGUGAUUUGAUGUGAUCUUCGAGAUAUCCAACAUGGCGGAUCUCCGAAGUUAGUAUCUAUUGGGAAGGCUUUUCAUCUUGUUUUUCAGCGAAAAUGGGAGUAAAUACGCUGAUUCAACGUCAGGUGUGAAUGGCAGUGCUCAUUUUAAAAGUAUAAACUCAAAGGCUUGUAGGUUUUAGCAAUUGCUGUGUAACUAGAAGAUGAAUUAAGAGUUGUUUGGUCUCCACAAAUAUGAUGGCUGCAAAUAUAAUAGAGGUUCCGCAUAUAAUAACAGAUGAAGACACCAAAAGGCUGGGAGAUAUUGUCAUGCCAAAUGGUGGGAAUGAUAUUACAGUGGUGAACGGAGGUGGCAGACGCUCAUCUGCAGUGCAAACGUCAAUGCAAAGUUCUGAUGAUGACGAUGACGAUGAUGAUAAUUCAAUUGUGACAGAUAGUCAGACAUCAUCUGUGUGUAAUAACGAUGAUCUUAUAGUCAAUUCACAUGAUGCAGUGCAAAUAAAAACAUGUCAUGAAAAAGUUUUGGUUCCUCAGCAAUGUCCUCCGUCUGAAAAUAAUUCUCCCAGGGUACGACUCAGCCGAGACGAAAUUGAUCUGUCUUUGUCGCUGAGAAAAAUACACGUCAGUGAAAAUGGAACAGAUGAUUCCAAAAAUGCUGUGACAAAAAAGCCACCAUCAGGCAGAGCAAUAGGAAAAUUCACAGAUGCGACUCCACAAGCAAGGCAGUCAUGGCUAUUACGAUUAUUUGAGUCUAAGUUAUUUGACAUUUCUAUGGCUAUUAUAUAUCUGUAUAAAUCUAAAGAGCAAGGAGUUCAAAGCUAUAUUGGAAAUAAACUUUUUAGUUUUAGUGAUACCGAGUUUGAUUUUUACCUGCCUCAAGUUUUAAAUAUGUACAUACACAUGACAGAUGUAGCAGAAGCAGUUCAUCCUUACUUAGUGGCAAGAUGCCGUGCCAGCGUUGACUUCUCAUUAAACUCAGCAUGGUUGAUUGAUUCGUACAUGGGGAAUGGACCACUGACUAAAUCGCGUAAGCAAAGUAGGGCAGCCAAGCUUCGGAAGAUGAUCAUUUCAGAAGAACUCAGGCCGAAAAUUCCAAAGAAAGACACCAAUUUACCCAGUCCAACUAGUCCCCUAUCUCCGACAAAGAAAACUCAUCGGAGGUCAUGCUCUGAUGCCUCAGCAGCCAUCACAACUAAUAACAGUAUUACUGCUGCUGUGACGUUAAAACGAGCUGCCAGUACAUCUAAGUUAGCCAUCGGUGACUUGACAUCAGGCAGAGCAUUCCAUUCGGGCUGUGAAUGUUUUGACAGCUCAGCCAGUGUGUUGAAAGAUUUAGCUGGAAGACCUCAGCAAGAGUGCAUUUGUAAUGCUCCCAGACUACAAUCUGAGUCGGAAUUUAUCAAGUCUCUAAUGGCAAUUGGCAUGAGACUUCAAGGAUUACCAACCAGAGAAGCAAGAACCAACAGACUGUUUGCUGAGUUAGCUAUGUUAAAUUUGAAUCUACCUGCCCGUAUAUGGUUACCAUUUGAUUGUAUCCCAGCAAACCAUCACAUAGUGCGUUUAACACCAAAUGCUGCUGUGGUUCUCAACUCAAAAGAUAAGGCGCCGUACUUAAUGUAUGUUGAAGUAUUAGAAUGCGAGAACAAGAAUACAUCACCGCUGCCAACAAAAUUAUUAGAGAAUACCCUACGAUUUACCCGAUCAGAAGAAAAUCUGUCUGACUGUCAUCUAAGUGAUACACCACCUGGUAGUUUUACUGUCCAUCCUAAGUUUGAUCCGGAAGAAGACUGUUGGUCUCAGGAUGAUGACAUGAUAUUACAGGUAUGUUGUAGAUAACUGUACAGUUCCAUAUCUAGUGAUAGCGUUUCCAUGAUUUCACAUGAUAGCUCUACUAGUGAUAAAGAACCUGUGUAUAUCGCCGCUGGUGAUAUCAGAAGACGAUUGUCUGAACAUCUAACAGAGCCAAGUAAAUCAUUCAAGAGGGACCCUGAUGAUCCCUCGGCUGCAGCAUUAAAAGAGCCAUUUGAGGAAAAGAAGCGGCGGAUCCAGGAACAGUCACCAUAUGGACAUCUUCCAAACUGGCAUUUAUUGGCCGUAAUCAUUAAAUGUGGUGAUGAUCUACGACAAGAAUUAUUAGCUUUCCAAAUUCUCAAGCAAUUACAAUCAAUAUGGGCACAGGAACACAUCCCGCUGUGGGUACGACCUUUUCAUAUCGUUGUGACAUCAAACGACAGUGGUAUGAUUGAACCCAUUAUAAACACAGUAUCACUACACCAAGUUAAGAAACACUGCCAAAUGUCUCUGUUGCACUAUUUUCACAAAGAAUUUGGUGGUGAGAAUACAGAAGAGUUUUUGACUGCACAGAGGAACUUUGUUCAAAGUUGUGCUGCUUACUGUUUGGUGUGCUAUUUUAUGCAGGUUAAAGAUAGUUUAUCAAAUUCACCUCGCAAUUUAGGAUUUGAGAGCUCUCAUUUUAAGCUAACUCAUGAAUUUGUUGAGGUUAUGGGUGGGCUUGGUAGUGAUAUGUUUGAAUAUUUCAAAAUCCUGAUGUUACAAGGUUUCAUUGCUGCCAGAAAACACAUGGAUAAAGUGAUUACAGUUGUAGAAAUCAUGCAAACAG